AUGCAUCCCACAACAGCGACCCUCCUCGCCCUAACCGCCCUCGCCACCCACACAGCCGCCCACGGCUACGUCCGCACCUGGACCCUCGACGGCGUCUCCUUCAACGGCUACAGCCGCUCCGACGGCAACCCCAAACCCGACGCAAUCGGCUGGUCCUUCACCACCCCCGACGAAGGCCCCGAACUCGACCUCACAUCCCCCAACUUCGCCUGCCGCUCUGGCGGCGCCCCAGCCUCCUCAUCCGGUCAAGUCGCCGCCGGCGGCACCGCCACCUUCCUCUGGACCUCCGAUGACAAAUCCAUCAACCCGGACGGCUGGUCCGCCGGCCACCGCGGACCAAUCAUGACGUACAUCGCACCCUGCAACGGUCCCUGUUCAUCCAUCGCCGACGCUUCAACCCUAAAAUGGACGAAGAUCGCCGAACAAGGCGUCACGGGACCAGCCAACACCCAGGGAAUCUGGGCGACGGACCAGAUGCGCGCUAACGGCGGCGUCGCGGCCGCUACUAUCCCUUCCAGCAUCGCGCCGGGAGAGUAUGUGCUGCGCAACGAGAUCAUUGCUCUGCAUCGCGCGCAUCUCAGUGAGCCGGAGUUUUACAUGCAGUGUGGCAAUAUUGAGGUCACGGGGUCUGGCACGGAUGAUCUGAGCGGGCAGGGAGUUGUGGCGAGUCAACUGUAUAGCACUUCGGACGAGCAGAUCUUUGGUUUCUCCGUGUAUGACAAUCGCGGGGAUGGGAGCGAGUGGAUUGUCCCAGGGCCGGCGCUUUAUGGUGGUGCUGCGGCGGCUGGAGCUGGGAACGGAACAGCUACACCUUCUACGCUGCCGACUGGUACUGCGCCUUCGACUGUUGCUGGGAGCCAGCCAGGGAGCACAAUCGUGCCCUCAAUUCUUCCAACCGCUUUUCCCAGCAAUAACGGAGACCCUCCUGCAAGCGGCAAUCCCUGGCAGAGCGGACGUCCCCGUGGCUCAGGGCGAUACGGGCAGUACUAG